AAAAAUCUGUCUGUAGUCAUUUGUCUAUGUCAAUGGGAAGUAAUAUAAGUGUGUGUGUGUGUACUACUAUGUUUAUAUUGUAUGUAGAACGUUGAAUUGUGUGUUUGGUUUUGUUUCUAAUAACAUUAGAAUAUAAGUGAGAUGGCUCCACCUGGAUAUUCAUCGUCGUCUCAUAGUCCGGUCAGGCGCAAGAGAAAAUCAUCUAGUUUAUCAGAUAGUGACGACAGUGAUCACAAACACUCUACGAGUAAACAUAAGCGACCUGAUUUUUCAGUAAAAAAAGAAACUAGUAAAAAUGAAAGACACUAUGAAAGAAGAAGUGAAAGUGUGUCAAGCUCUAAGCUACCAGAGGGAAGAUGGAGACAUGACAAAUGGAAAGAGACGGAUGACGACAACUUUGUUAGGCCCUUUGACAGGGCUGGUAGCAGUCGCCGAGAUGACCCCCGCAGGGAUAGACGCAGUCAGUCUCGAUCUAAUGGCCACAGGGAGCGCCAUCACAGCUCAGCGAUGGAUGAUUUCAUGGACCACAGGCGGCAGGAGAGAGAGCGGAUAACCUUGGUUGGUGUGGAACAGGUGUGGGGGAAAUCUCCCACCCAUGCUGAAGAUUCAGAUGGUAACGACACUGUACUAAAUAUGUCAGCAAAUCAUUCAGAUUGUGAAAGUGGCUCCAAUAAGAAGAAGAAAAAGAAGAAGAAAUCUGACAAGAAAAAGAAAUUAAGUAAAAAGUCAAAGAAGGAGAAAAAGAAACAUAAAAAGAAAAAGAAGAAGGUAGCUGAAUCUUCAGACACUUCCAGCUCAGAGGACGAAUGGGUGGAGAAAACUAUGGGUGACUCUGGUACAGAGGAGGAGGUAGUAGGCCCAGUACAGAAGGACAAGGUGACUCUGACGAUGAAGGACUACGGCAAGGCGCUGCUGCCAGGAGAGGGGGCCGCCAUGGCAGCGUAUGUCGCCGAGGGUAAGCGUAUCCCACGCAGAGGAGAGAUCGGUCUUACCUCAGACCAAAUCGCCUCAUUCGAGGCUGUCGGCUAUGUCAUGAGUGGUAGCAGGCAUCGGAGGAUGGAGGCUGUGCGUAUCCGUAAGGAGAAUCAGAUCUACUCAGCUGACGAGAAGCGAGCACUGGCCAUGUUUAGUAAGGAAGAACGACAGAAGAGGGAAAACAGAAUCCUCACUCAAUUCCGGGAAAUGGUCAGCAGCAAAUUGUCCAACGAGAAUAAAUAAAAGGCCGUCCUCACACUAUAUCCCUAUGAACAUUGUAAAUGUUGUAUAUACCAAGAAUGCUAUAAAUUGUAUAUUUUUAGAACUACACAAACUUGUAUAAAAUAUGUAGAAAUAUACAUUGUAUUUGUGUUAUAUUCAAAGUAAAUUAAAUAUAAUUUAAGUAA